CAGACAGCUCCAGCCCUGAUCCCGGCCCAGAUCCCGGCCCAGAUCCCGGUCCUGCUGUGCCGGAGCCGGGUUCGGGCUGAGUUCCCAGGGCCAUGGAGAGUCCGGGGAGCGGAGAUUCCCUGCGGGGAGAGAUCGGCUUUUGGGCUGACCGAACCCCAGUUCAUGAAGCAGCCAGGAGGGGAGAAAUCCUGCAGCUGCAGCAGCUGAUAGAGAACGGAGCCUGCGUCAACGCCGUCACCUAUGACUCUAUCACCCCCUUGCACGAGGCCAGCCUGAGGGGACAGACCCAGUGUGUCAAACUCCUGCUGGCUGCAGGGGCCCAGGUGGAUGCCAGGAACAUUGAUGGCAGCACUCCCCUCUGUGAUGCCUGUGCCUCUGGCAGCAUAGAGUGUGUGAAGGUCCUGCUGUCCCAUGGGGCCAAGGUCAACCCUCCCCUCUACACUGCAUCCCCUCUCCAUGAAGCCUGCAUGAAUGGUAGCUCAGAGUGUGUGCAGCUCCUCAUUGAUGUUGGUGCAAACUUGGAGGCUCAUGACUGUCACUUUGGGACACCCCUACACGUGGCUUGUGCCAGGGAGCAUCUGGACUGUGUGAAGCUGCUGCUCAAGGCAGGGGCAAAUGUCAACGCUGCCAAACUUCAUGAGACAGCCCUUCACCAUGCAGCCAAAGUGAAAAAUGUGGAUCUGGUGGAGAUGCUGAUUGAAUUUGGAGGCAACAUUUAUGCAAGGGACAACAGAGGCAAGAAACCAUCAGAUUACACCUGGAGCAGCAGCCCUGCAGCAAAGUGCUUUGAGUACUAUGAAAAAACUCCUCUGAGUUUGUCACAGCUCUGCAGGGUGACAGUGAGGAAAGCAGCCGGGCAGCGAGCUCUGGAGAAGAUUUCCAAGCUCAAUAUUCCUCCAAGAUUGAUCCAGUACCUGUCCUACAACUGAAGGUGGCCAAGAAGGACAAUACCUUUAGCUCCUGCAGUAGGAAGUAUCUGUUUCUUUCUCUUCUACCUCCCCCCACCCCUUGCCAAACCUUAAGAAAUUCAUUUUAAUUUAAGCAAACUGGUGUAAAUAGUAUUUAUGAGGCAGCACCUCACAGCCCUUCCUCUUCUCCUUGGGUAAGGAGGCUCAGGCAAGGUGUAGCAACAGCUGGGUGUUGUCACCUCUCCUGGGGUGACCUGCUGGGGCUCCAAGCUGUAGCACUUGUCCUUCCAAGAGGAUGAAUUUUGCCUCUUUUGACCUCUCUCUGACCCGAAGGCAUCUCCUGAUGAUCUCUCCAGGCUCCCUUUGCAGUCAGUGAAGGGAAAGAAGAGACUUGUGGAGCAGAAUUUCCUCUGGCCUUUUCUAAUGCUGGGAUGACACAGGAUCCUCCAGGAAUGUUUUGUCUCCUCUGACUGCAAAGGGAUUUAGAGGUGAUGCCCUUGGAUAUGGGUGCCUGUGGCCCUACAGUGGGAGCUCUGGAUCCCACCCCUGCUUUAAUCACUCAAGUGACAACUGUCUCAUGCCAAGGGACAAAGCUGGAGAGGCCUGUGUGCUCUAGCUGGAGGCAGAAUUAAGUCCCCAGCAAGCUCAGGACUCUAAUUAGAGGCACUGCAGCUGGUGUCUGGCUUUCCAUGGGUAUCAGCAAGCUUUGGCUUGACACCAGCAGGGAGGACAAAUUGCUGCCAGCUCAGGGUUGGCUUUGCCCAUUGCUCCUUCCUCUCUGAAGAUGAACCUUUAGGCUAUCCCCACCUCUCAUUUUUUCAGCCCGAGCAAGAAGAAGGUCUCUCUGCUGCUUCCCUCCAGGUGGCUGGUCCCCAAAUCUUUUCUUUCUCCACUUGCUCUGAGCCACCCUGGCCACAACCUUGGUUUUCUGUGCAAGAAGUGAUGGGGCUGCUGCCUGAAGCACCACGAGGUCCCGUCCUUUGUGGAGCAGCUCCCCAUGGUGGACACCCACCCCUGAAAGGCAGUGGGAAGGUUGGGUUCUGGUUUUUUUGAGGUUUUUAAGGUUUUAUUUAUCCCCCUUUGGAGUUCCUCUCUCUCAAUCUUGGAGCCUCUUCAGAGGUUGGCAAUGGGAACCAACCCAUUGGGGAAACCUUCCAGGUGAGCCCUUAAAGUGUUUUCUGAAGGUAAUAACCUGGAAUUUCUGGAAUUUCUGGAAUUUCUGGAAUUCCAAGGGGUUGGAGCUCCCCCAUGGCAAGUCUGGAACAAAUUCCUUCUCUGAAUGAUGGCAAAUGUUAGAAAAUCUGCUGACUCCAGGCUCUCAGCAUCCAUCCUGCUGUCAGCUCCUCCUUGAGAGCAAGUGGUGACUUCUUGGCUCCCUGCAAGACCCUUCCUGGGGCUCAGCCUCAGGAAGGAGGGGGGAAAAAAAAUAAAGGUUAAAGAGCUGAGGUGGAACUGAAUGCACUUUAAUGGUGACCAGCAAAACACUUUGGAUUUUAAUUUUUAGAUAGGUUUGUGUGUGUGUGUGUGUCCCACCCCUUUGUUGUUUUGUUGUGGGGUUUUUUUUGGGUUUGGUUUGGGUUUUUUUUUUUGGUUUUUUUUUUUUUUGCUGUGCUGUAUCCUCUGGGAUGGGAAGAUUUUUGAGCUCCUGCUCUUUGGGGGAUUGUCUCUUUUUAAUUCUGCUUUCUGUGUUUCAAGUAUCAGAAAUGUGAAAUUGCCAAGAAGCUCAGGGAAGCCCUAGAGAUGUUUGCUGUGGGGAUCCAGUCCUGGGAUUUGACAGGAUGAAGGUUUGGUUUUGUCUCCUUCCAGGAAAGCUUCCAACCUGCAUGUCCUUACAGAUAAAUACAUGUUAGGAGAGUGCACCCUGCCUACCCUGGGGUGCAAACAACCUUCCCUUUUGGUUCAAAUUCAAAUCCCUGAUUCAGUUGCUUUUUUUUUUGUUUGUUUUGUUUUGUUUUAAUGUUGCCUAAGCUGGUGAAAGAAUAAAAUCCAAAGUUUCCAAUGUAAAAACAAAAAGACUCCUUGAACCAACUGACAAUAAAAUUUCAAGUUCCUAUUUA